GCUAAACGAUUGGGGAAAAAAUGUCGCGCAUGCGUUGUAUCAACACUGCGUGUGCGCUUUUUUUGCAUAUGGAGGCAGUCGAGUCUUUUGUUGUGUAUGUUUAUCUACGGUUUAUUUAAAGUUCCGGUUUAUCCAGUUAUCGAUUCCCACUGGUUCGUGACUGUUAAAUGUAUUAAAAGUCUUGAAGCGUCGAGAAGAGUUACAGAGCGAUGGAGGCUCCGCCGGUCACUGUGAUGCCCGUAACGGGUGGAACCAUAAAUAUGAUGGAGUAUCUUCUGCAAGGCAGCGUACUGGACCAGUCUCUGGAGAGUCUCCUGCAUCGUCUCAGAGGUCUGUGUGAUAACAUGGAACCCGAGAGCUUUGCUGAUCAUGAGCUGGUGUACCUCCUGAAGGGUCAGCAGGGCAACCCGUUCAUGCUGCGCGCGCGCCGCUCGCUUCUUCACCCUACGGCCCCUUGGCACCUGCGCUAUCUAGGUCAGCCGGAGGUGGGCGACAAAAGCCGCCAUGCCCUGGUGCGGAACUGUGUGGACGUGGCCGCCUCGCACAGCUUGCCAGAGUUUCUCAACGAAAUGGGUUUCCGCAUGGACCACGAGUUUGUGGCCAAGGGUCAAGUGUUCCGGAAGGGUGCGAUGAAGGUGGUUGUGAGCAAACUGUUACGCGUCCUGGCGACGGGAAACACGGAGAACACGGAGCCGCUGUCUCUGUCGUACCUCGUUGAGCUGAGCGUGCUGGCUCCUGCGGGACAGGACACUGUGUCUGAGGACAUGAGGAGCUUCGCGGAACAGCUCAAACCUCUGGUGCACCUGGAGAAAAUUGACCCUAAAAGACUUAUGUAGUGUGAUUUCAUUGAAAGACUUGAUUGUAUGAUGGGUAUUUUUUGCUAAUUGAUUGAUGAAGCACUGUAUUUUUAGUAACUAAGUAAAAGUCUUAAAUAACUGAAAACAAAAAAACAAAUAAACCUCUCAUUUGAGUAAUUUCCUCCUUUUUUACCACUUGAUGAAUUCAGUUAUUUAAAAAAAUCUAUGCUUUUUGAGACAUAGACAUAGUUAUUCUGUGUAUUGUUGUUUUUUGACUUCUGUAUCAUUUUUAUUUUGCAAAAAAUUGUUGCUUUUGACUUCAAAAACGUGCAUUAAAAUAGCAAUAAACCGUGUUUAAAUAGCA